ACAAAUUAAACUCUGCUUUAAAGUCUUUAUUUAGAGAAGAUGCUUUGUUUGGGGAAUUUGCAAUUCAUGGCUUUGUUCCUUGGCCUUUAUCUCUAUUGAUAUAAUCUUGAUGAGCAAUGUCACGUGAUAGCAGGUGUAUCAUACGUCUGUAUUAGUUUGGGGACAAAAAUACCCUUGACAUGAAUUAUUCUAAAAAUGUUUUGUUCGCUUGAUAUUAGUGAUUUGCAGUCCAACACCAGGGUGUGCUGUUCUGUUGCUGACAUCUUCUGAUAGUGUAACAGUAGGCUACUCCGAGUGGUGAUUUAUUUGGAUUUAGGUUUGUUUUAGUUUUCGGAAUGUAAAGUUGACUAGGCCUAAUUUCUUGAAGAAUGUAGCCUUGCUGUGCCCAAUCCACAAAGAAAAUUCAUUUCUGCCUUAAUUGUGAUUGAACAACAUCUCUAUAAACGCAGUGUUUCAAAAAAUAAAAAUACUAAUUAGCCUACCGGACAGUCGCCUUCGUCUUCUGGCGCCAUACUUUCUGUGUAUCGUGAUAGCUUUUAGAAUAAUUAAGGGUCGGCAUUUGACACAGUCGUUAUUAAUUCCAUGUAGAGGCGUGCAAAAAAAAUUAAUUGGGUAAGGACAAUUACAGUUUUGCAUGCGACGAAAAGAGCAAGCGGAGGUCAGCCUUGCAUUAUACUGAUUUGCGCAUGGUGAUUAUUCAAACCCACGACCAAAGAGGAAUUUGAGCUGUGCAUGUAAAAUAUACUACAUGAGUAUUGGCGCUUGGUUGCCCUCUGCACAACGGUGAUAGUCUUGAGGACAGGGCGGGCGGGGGAUGUGCAGAGUGGAAUUCGCCACUCAGUGGUCCUCGUCUUGUCCUUUCUCCGUCUGGCACACUUUCUAAUUCCGUGUAGCUGCAGCUAGACGACACGCAAGCACCUGUGAGCACUCAGCUGUCAGAGUCGCGGCUCUGGGAUUCGUGGGGUAAUUGCGGGGACGCUUCGUGGGAAUACAACGGACAGCACACCUCCGUUCAGCCAGAAAGGACUGCCGCUCGGACUGUGCUCCCAUACCACAGCAAACCUUUGGAUUUUUGUUUUGCACUCGGAUAAAUUCCCGGACUCCGCUCCAAGCACACUCUGAUCGUCGAUACCAGAGGAAACACGGUAUGGAUGACCGAGAAGGGUAGUGACAUACAGACACUGGCUCUGUCCACUGUGCAGACCGUGGAAUCAACGCAUACAAGUAAUUUAAUGAAGAGGAGAAACUGUUCGGUCUUACUAUUCGAUUAAGCAUUUUGUAAUCAAGGGGAAAGCAUUCCAUUCACAAGCAAUCGAAUGAGCGUUAUAUUUGCCCUUGGCAACUGAAGAUGAUGUUACUAUGGAAACGACUGGUGCUGCUAUCAAUCUUUGGCUGCCUUGCAGCUCUCACAGAAGAUGGAGUUUUUAAAGGGCCUACCUUGAAGAAGGAGCCCAGUGACCUGAUCCUUCCCAUCAAUUCCCCUGACCAGGAGGCCACUCUCCAGUGCCUGGCCGAUGGGAGCCCAUCUCCACAGUACAGAUGGUCUCUAAACGGAACGCUCAUUGAUCUCAGGAGGGACUACCGGCGUCGUGUGUCUGAGGGCAGUCUGAUCAUUAGCAGUCUGGACCGAGACCAAGACACCGGGAUAUAUCAGUGCACUGCCUUCAACACGUGGGGCACCAUCCACAGCCAGAAAGCAAGUCUCCAGUUUGCAUACCUUGAAAACUUCAAAAGUCAAACGAGGAGUGCAGUAAACGUAAGGGAAGGUCAAGGAGUCGUUUUAUUAUGUGGGACACCUAUGCAUUCUGGAGAACUCACCUUUGCCUGGAUCUUCAAUGAAUACCCCUACUUUGUGCAGCAGGACCGUCGUCGUUUCGUGUCCCAGGAAACGGGGAACUUGUACAUCGCCAAAGUGGAGCCGUCCGACGUGGGCAACUACACGUGUGUGGUGAACAACAGCAUCACCAAAGGAAGGGUCCUCAGCUCUCCAACCCCGUUGGUCUUGAGAAACGAUGGAGCUAUGGGUGAAUACGAACCCAAAAUAGAAGUACAUUUCCCAGACAGUGUUCCAGCAGCAAAGGGAUCAGUGGUCAGGCUGGAGUGCUUCGCUCUUGGAAACCCAGUGCCAGAGAUCAGCUGGAGAAAGACCACUGGUGAUCCGUUCCCCAACAAGGUGAAGCUGAGGAACUCCAAUGCCAUACUGGAGGUUCCCCGCUUCCAGCAGGAGGACGCUGGCAUGUACGAGUGCGUAGCCGAGAACAGCCGGGGCAAGAACGCUGUACGAGGAAGACUGUCUUUUCAUGCCAAACCCCACUGGCUCCAAACAAUGAAGGACACCACCCUAUCGAUAGAGGAGCAUUUGGCUUGGGAGUGUAAAGCUAGCGGAAGACCCAAGCCGUCCUACAGCUGGUUGAAGAACGGAGAGAUGCUGACUGCAGAGGGCCGAGUGCAGAUCGAGAACGGAGUUCUCUCCAUCGUUUCAUUAAACCUGUCAGAUGCCGGGAUGUAUCAGUGUGUGGCGGAAAACAAACACGGCAUUAUUUAUGCCAGCGCCGAGCUAAUGGUGUUAGCCUCCCCUCCAAGCUUCUCGAAGAGUCCAUUGCAAGCCCUUCAGAAGGCGCGCUCAGGCAGCGAAGUGACCAUGGAGUGCAGGCCUCAAGCCUACCCCGAGGCCAUCAGUUUCUGGAAGAAAGGAAAUGAGAUUUUGCAGAGAAGCGAAAGGAUCACACUGCUUCCCAAUGGUACACUGAAAAUUGCCAAUGUGACCAGGAGGGAUGGAGGAAGCUACACAUGCAUCGCUAAAAAUCAAUUUGGGACGGCAAGCGCAUUGGGAAGGUUGCUAAUUACAGAGCCCACCAGGAUCACUCUAGGGCCAAGCAACAUGGAGAUCAUUGUUGGCGAGAGCAUCGUGCUUCCCUGCCAGAUAGCCCACGACCCGGCCCUGGAUGUGUCCUUCUCCUGGGCAUUCAACGGGCAGCUUGUCGACUUUGAUCGGGAUGGGGAUCAUUUUGAGCGAGUAGGCGGGUCCAUUGCAGGGGAUCUGAUGAUUCGAAACAUCCAGCUGAACCAUGGCGGGAAGUAUGUCUGCCUUAUCGACACAGAUGUGGAGCAUCUGUCAGCUGACGCCAUAUUGAUCGUUAAAGGCUCCCCAGGCCCUCCUGAGACGGUGCUGGUGGAGGAGAUCACAGAUAGCACGGCGCAGCUCUCCUGGACUCCCGGCAGAGACAACGGAAGUCCCAUCACCGGCUAUGUGGUCCAAGCCCGCACUCCCUUCACGGUGGGCUGGCAGGCAGUCGACACAGUCCCUGAAGUCAUCAAUGGAAACACACUCACUGCCACUGUGGUGGGGCUGAAUGCUUGGGUGGAGUAUGAGUUCCGAGUGGUGGCCAGUAAUAGUGUUGGGAUGGGAGAGCCCAGUCCACCGUCCCCAAAGACACGGACCGAGGAUGCCAUCCCUGAUACAGCUCCCACUGAUGUCGGAGGCGGGGGCGGCACAAAAUCGGAAUUAGUGAUAACAUGGGAGCCCGUGCCUGAGGAACUCCAGAACGGCGAGGGCUUCGGCUACAUCAUCGCCCUGCGGCCGGCCGGCUCCGUCACCUGGACGCGCACGGUCGUCUCCACCCCCGGCGUGGCCAAGUACGUCUUCCGCAACGACACCAUCCCGCCGUUCUCGCCGUUCGACGUGAAGGUGGGGGCCUUCAACAAGCGGGGGGAAGGGCCCUUCAGCUCCGUCGCCACCGUGUUCUCGGCUGAGGAAGUGCCCAGCCUGGCACCGGUGAGAGCGAGGGGCCAGAGCAUGUCAGCGUCCGAGAUUGAAGUGGUGUGGGAACCCCUGCGCUCCAUCCCUGAGAGAGUGCUCGGUUACGAGGUUGUGUACUGGGAGGACAACACCAAACCAGACACGGUGGGCAAGGUGAGAAUAUCCGCCAACUACACGGCGGUGAACAUCAGCGGCCUGCGGGGAAGCGCCCAGUAUUACCUGACGGUGAGCGGCUUCAACACGGCCGGCACUGGGCCCCAGUCCGCGCCCGUCAACGCCACCACCAAGAAACCCCGUGAGUGUCUCUGUCACAUGCCGAAGCCUUCACUGUGACCAGCUUUAGGAUAG